UUACUGCUGGGGUCAAACUGACGUGAAGCCGUUCUGCGCACGUUGACGCAAUCUUGACGCUCGUGAGCGCAACGCCAUUACGCACGUGACUCGUCCCCGGUUCAUUCAGCGUGUUUUGAGCUCCUUUGGUUACGUGAAUGAAAUCUAUGGCUUGCCUUCUACCGUUAAACAUCAUCAGCAGAAGAAGAAAAUGUGUCGGAGAAGCAAUUGCAGCUGAAGUUUGGGGGAUAACGGAACAACUGUUUUAUACAUCUAUGUGAUGGUAUAGGAACGCGCUUUACUUUCAACUUUUAGUUCUCAGUAUUUAUUUUUUUGGGCUGAUCUUACGCCAUUUAUCAUGGGCAGAAGUUGCGAAUGAAGUCGUCAAGCGCUGAUCGAUCGCAAUCUUGAGAGAAAUAUAAGCUAGAUCGGCCUAAACAUGAUAUCUCGCCAGGGUAAGGAUUUCCUCAUCAGGAUCGCCGGUUACUGGAAACCGCUUUUCAGAGGCAGAUUUCUGAUCGUGACAAACACGGUGAGCAGCGGAGGGAUGUUGGCAGCCGGAGAUUUCCUCCAGCAGACGCGCGAGACGCGGAGGACACCCGGACGAGCACGUGACUGGACGCGUACAGGAUGCAUGUUCGCGGUCGGAUGCUCUAUGGGUCCUUUCAUGCAUUAUUGGUACAUGUGGCUCGACAGAUUCUUUGUUGGUAAUGGCAUUAAUAAUGUCUGCAAGAAAGUGCUUACUGAUCAGCUGGUCGCAUCGCCAGCACUGGGGGCCUGGUACUUUCUAGGUAUGGGUAUGAUGGAGGGUCACACAUUGUCUGAGGCCCAAGCAGAAUUCAGAGACAAAUUCUGGGAGUUUUACAAGGCGGAUUGGUGUGUUUGGCCAGCAGCUCAAAUGAUAAACUUCUACUUCUUGCCGCCCAAGUUCCGCGUCCUUUAUGUGAAUAUGAUUACCCUGGGAUGGGACACUUAUCUCUCCUACCUCAAACACCGAGACAAAGUAGAGGCCACAACAGAAGCUGAGUGAGCUGCCUGAAAAUGACCGAAGAGAAGGGAAUAUUUCAAACCACAGCUUUAAUCGUGGAAAAAAAACAAUUAAAUCAUAUU